AUGCCGGAGCACACGUCAUCCUCCAGUUCUUCCUCGUCUUCGGACGAGGAUGUCGCGAUGACAGAAAUGCAGGCGCGUGUCCUUGGCGCGUCUUCCGGGGAUGAUGCUGAUCAGCCGAGCGACGUCAAGUGCAGGGGCAUGUGCGGGCAAUUCGUCUUUCCAUGUCCGCGGGAGUAUCCCGCAGAGCAUGCUCAGCGCAAGGCUAUGAAGCACUUCAUUCCAGAAGACUUCACAAAAGAGGAGGUUGGACUUAUCUUCAAGCAGGCCGUUAUCAAGGUGGGCUUCCUUCCCAAACUGGACCGCCUCCACGUUUUUAGCGAGCCCCACAAAAAGUACAACCCUGCGACGAACGCGCGAGCCCGGCACUUCCACAUCAUCUUUCGCUUCAAGACCACGUUUGCCCAUUUGCAGAUCAGCAGCAGCAAGAUUUUGCACUCUCAGGGAAUUCAUGGACACUUCAGCUUCAACCUUGUCGGGUAUCACGCUUACCUCAGCUAUUGUUUGAAGCCGUCCGCUGGCAAGUUGCUCUCUGACUUGGAUCUAUCCCCGUGGUCUUGGCCAAACACCGUGCAAGUUGCCUUUGUUGACAAGUCGCCUCCACAGAUGGCUGCUCGGAACGAGAAAUCCUCCAACAAAGGCCGAAAGCGUGUUCUCAUGACUUUCUCCGAGGUCACAGAUGCGUUCAUUGAAGGCCACGUCAAAUGUGCUUCAGAUGCCUGGAGGCUUGCCAAGAGCCGAAAAGUAGCCGGAGACGACACCCUGUACAACACCUUGGGCGCCCAGGAUGCCACCGCGCUCGUGGCAAAAGUUUUGUCGGCUUGGAACUGCGAAGCAGCUGCUGACACGUUGGUCUUGAGGGCCGAAUUUCCGCUCAGCGGCUUCGUUCCAAUCGACAAUUUGCACCAAGACCUCUCACAAUGGAUGGCGGUAGGGCACACGUCUGUAUCGCUCAUUUUGUCUGGCCUGGGCGGCCGAGGCAAAACCGAGUUGGCGUGCAGCCUCAUGUCAGCCAUUUGUCAAGAGAAUGGCUUCCACUUUAUCAACAAGCUUGAUCGCUUGAGAGAUAUCUACUUGGUUCGUGGUCAAGGGUUGGUCGUGGAUGAGGCUUGCUUGCAGAAUCGGACAGUUGACGAUGCGAAAGACAUCUUAGACCUCAAAAAAGACCGGGACGUCUCUUGUAGAAACAGGGAUGGCCGCGUGCCGAAAGGCACACCGCGCAUCUUUUCAACGAACUGGGAAUAUGACCAGUUCUUUCCAGCAGAUGCCAAGUUGACACAAAAUCAAGAGGCAAUUCGCCGUCGCAUCUUGUGGGUCACGGUGGACAGAGACCUUCGCAUCAACGCCGCUCCAGCUGCGCCGUUGCCCCUAGAACCCCUUACUUCCGACGAGGAAGACGUCUUCGGCCACGGUGGUCAACUUCUGGAUGGAGCCGCGCCCAAUUCAUAA